UACAUCUCAGUUUCGGGCUUGGCCUGGAGAGAACUCCUGAAUGAGGCACUUCUGUACCCAUCGGCACUUGGAGGACCUCGUUCCUUCCCAGCCAUAGUACAUUUGCACAAGCGCUUACCAACAUGUCCGACGAGCGGCCCUCAGACGCGCUUCAGCCCGCUGCCAAGAAGCGUGCCGGAGGAGGACAGGGGUCUCGCGACGACCCAGAGGAAGACGAUGCCCCGUGCGUUGACCCCGGCUCCUGGACUGCGGACGCAACAGCCUCCCGCGAGCGGCGGAAAGUGCACGUGCGGCGUGGGGCCGGCGGCGGCAGUGGCGCGCCGGCGCCGGCGGGAGCCAACCCCUUCGCGGGUAUAGCGCUGGCGGGGGCGGCACCAGCGGCUGCGGCAAACCCCUUCGCGGGCGUUGCUCUGAGUGGCGGGGCGCCGGCGGCCGCAGCUGCGGAGCCUAAGCCGGCAGAGGAGGCCGGAGAGGCUAAGGCGCCGGCGGAGGCGGAGGCGGCGAAGGAGGAGGCGAAGGAGGAGGCAAAGGCGGCGGCGGCGGAGGGAGAUAAGGCGGCGGCGGCGGAGGGGGACAAGAAAGCGGAGGCGGGCGCUGAGAAGGACGGUGGCAAGAAGGAGGAGGCGAAGGCGUCGCCAAGCGGCGCCGCCACAGCGCCCGGCACGGCCACAAGCAUCUUUGGCGGCGCCGCCGGCGCCUCCUCAGGCUUUGCCUCCCUAGCCGCCGGCGGCGGCGGCGCCGCCACCGGUUUCAGCUUUGGCGGCUUUGGCGGCGCCGGCGGCGCCGCCGCCGGCACCAGCGGCGGUUUUAACUUCGGGUCUGGCACCGCCGCCGCCGGCACUGGGACGAGCGGCGGUUUUAGCUUUGGAGCCGGCACGGGCACGGGCCUUUUUGGCGUGGGCUCGGGCACUGGCUCGGGCGCCUUUGGCGGAGGCAGCUUCAGUUUUCCGAAGCUGGACACCGCGGGUGGGAGUCUUGGAAAGCCGUUGUUUGGGGCGGGAGGCUCGGAGGGGGGCGUGGGCGGCGAGGGCGCAGGUGGCGAGGGCGCCGAGGGCGGCGGCGCCGAGGACAAGCCGGACGCGUUCGUGCCCAGCGAGGACCCGGGCAUCAAGCCCGUGGUGCAGUUGGCGGUUGUGCAAAAGGUGACGGGCGAGGAGACGGAGCAGACCAUAUACGCAGAGGCGGGCAAGCUGUUUGAGUACGACUCGGCCGCGGGCAAGUGGCGGGAGCGCGGCGCGGGCGAGCUGCGUGUCAACGUGGGCGCGGACGGCAAAACCAGCCGCAUGCUCAUGCGCCAGUCGGGCAACCUGCGUCUGCUGCUGAACGCACGCAUCGUCACCAACAUGGCUGUGCAGCGCAUGAACGGUGCCAACGGCGUGUCGUUUGGCUGCGUCAACACAGCCGCGCCCGUAGACCCCAAGGAGGAGCCCAAGAAGGAGGAGGCGGGCAAGGAGGGCGAGGACGCCAAGCACGGCGGCGGCGCGGUGCGCACGUGGGCCUUCCGGACCAAGGGCGAGGACAAGGUGUUGGCGCUGCUGGCGGCGUUGGAGAAGGCCAAGACCAGCCACGCGACAGCGCACGAGGAGAAGAAGGACGCCGCCGACGCGGUCUGAGGCGGCGUUGGCGUGGCGGACGUGCCGCUUGGGUGGAAGCUGCAGCUUCAGAAGAGCUCGACACGCGCUUGUGGGUGCAGCUGCAGUGGAUGGUGGCGGCGGCAUGAAGGGGAAGGGCGCGGGUAGGUGCGGAAAUGCACAGCGCCUCAACUUCUGCGGCGGGUGGCGGCAGCGAGCGCAGCAGCGGGUGGUGGCGGCGGCUUGGAGGCGGGGGGGGGGGGGGGGGCGCGGGCAGGGGCGGGACAGCACAGCGCCAGCAGCGCCUCAACUUUUGCAGACGUUCGGGUCAGGCUUCGGUGGUCAGGCAUGUAUGUAGUGGGCUGCCUCCGCGGGCGGCGGCCAGGGGUCUGCUGUGGGGUGGUCGGUGUGCCCCAAGUGUGCAGGCGGCGGAGAACAGGGGUGGUGUGCCCACAGGGGUGGGGUACUCCUGCUCUGUCCUGUUGUUUGUUGGUAGAUCACGAGAGACGUUGUGGCGGUUGGGCGGCUGAGGACGCGUGGCAAAGACGGGCGGUUUCACUUUCAUUGCCACAUGCCAUGCCAUUAGGGCGCUGCCAACGUUUUGCGGCGUGAGGCGCGGCGGCGGCGGCGGCGCGGUGGCGGCGGCGGCGGCGCUGCAAGCGACUCAGGCGGACGGCGGGCCGCGCACACCCAUCCACAUGCGCACAUGGACUGGUGCUGGUGGCGGGGUGGUGCAGUGGUGGAAUGCGCGGGUGAUAGGGGAAUUGGGGAUGGUGUGGAAUGAGGCAAGCCGAUGGAGAGGUGGACGACCCGGGACAGGGGAGGGGGGGGGGGGGGGCUUGGGGCCGGGCAGGCAUGGAUGGAGGGGUAGGUGUUGUCUGGUGUUGUCCGACACGCACGGUGCAGCUCGGCAAGGGCGCGGUUGGCAGGCGCUCCAGUUUUCCAGAGCGAUUUAGGCAGGAUUGUAACCUGUCUCUACAUGUGUAAGGCUGAGUGAAAUGAGCUAGAUAGUGAGCGUUCUGGUGAAUUGUGAGGCCCCUUGCCGUGCGAAUGCUUCUUUGGGAUCGCUGUACGCAAAGCGGUUCUGCGGUGUAUGUUGCGUGUGAUCAGCCCCGC